GUCAUCAGAACAUUACAAAAAAAAAAAAAAUAUAUCAAACUAUAAAAUAGUAAUAAGUUGCUUGACCAUCGAUAUCAUCAUCACUAAAAAGAUUUCUACAUUACCAAGCCAUCGUCUCUCGAACUCCAAUCAUCAGGUCAGAUCAAAUGAUGUUGCUUGUAGUCGCGGCUCUUGGUUUAGUAGCCUUUUAUGUCUACAAGUCCAUAAAACCUCCUCCGCCGAUUCCGUUGCCAGAGAAUGUUUCUGAGAUAUCUCCAAGGAUCAAGCUCAAUGAUGGCAGACAUUUAGCCUACAGAGAAUUAGGGUUCCCAAAAGACGAAGCCAAAAAUAAAAUAAUCAUUCUCCACGGAUUCGCAAGUUCCAAGUUAGUCGAUUUAAAAAUCACAAAGGAAAUGAUCGAAGAACACAAGAUAUACUUCUUGUUGUUCGAUAGAGCUGGUUAUGGAGAAAGCGACCCUUAUCCAUCAAGAACACUGAAAACGGAUACUUACGAUAUUGAAGAACUUGCUGAUAAAUUGCAAAUCGGUCCAAAGUUCCAUGUCUUAGGAAUGUCACUCGGGGCUUAUCCAGUUUACGGCUGUCUCAAGUACAUUCCUCAUAGAUUAAGUGGAGCAACGUUGGUGGUUCCGAUACUAAAUUUUUGGUGGAGUUGUCUGCCUCUUAACUUGUCGAUGUCAGCGUUCAAGAAACUGCCAAUUCCAAACCAAUUGACACUUGGCGUCGCACACUACUUUCCAUGGUUGCUAUAUUGGUGGAUGACUCAGAAAUGGUUUGCACCAUUUAGUCAGAAUCCUAGAGAAACUAUGACCGAGCGCGAUAUUGAACUCGCGGAUAAGUAUACAAAACACGCAUAUAUCAAGGAAUCCGCUCUACGACAAGGAGAAUAUGUGAGCAUGCAACGAGACAUCAUUGCGGGUUACGAGAAUUGGGAGUUUGAUCCAACCGAACUGAGCAAUCCAUUUUCAGAUGAUAACAAAGGGUCGGUUCACAUUUGGUGUGCUCUCGAAGACAAACAAAUAUCGCAUGAAGUUUUACUCUACUUAUGUGAUAAGCUUCCAUGGAUAACGCUUCAUGAAGUCCCUGAGGCUGGACAUCUUAUUAUUCAUGAGAAGCAGCAUUUUGAAGACAUUAUUAAAGCCGCUUGUAGUUGAAUGUGAAAACAAAAUAUAAAACCUUAAUAAUUUGUGUUU